AUGAACGUCGAGGACCUCUACCUCGAGCUGUACGCGUUCACCACGGCGGCGGCGAUUGUCGGGCUGGUGGACCGCAAGAUCUUUGUGUUGUUGCGCGACGGGCGCAACGUGUUUGGCAUUCUCCGCACCUUCGACCAGUUCGCCAACUUGGUGUUGCAAGACGCCGUCGAGCGGAUCUACCUUGACAACGACGACGAUGAAGACGCCAAAAACGACACCGCCGCCAAGCCCCAGUACGCCCAGGCGUACCGCGGGGUGUUUAUGGUGCGUGGGGAGAACGUGGUGAUGAUGGGCGAGCUCGACAUCGACCGCGAGGACGACCACCUCGACGAGCGGACCCAGAUCCCCUUUGGCGACGCCGAGCGGCGGUUGGCCGACAAACACCGCCAGCGCAUUGUCACGGAGCUGAAACGCACCCAGCGGUUGUUGCAAAUGGGGAUGGUCAACGACUUUGUCAAACUGGAUUUGUACUAG